GAAGACCCGCCCCCAGCCCGGCAAGCCAGCGGCAGCGGCAGACGUGCUAACGUGGCUGGCCGAGCAGGGGGAGGCUGAGCUUUCGAGGGGGCGCACGCUAGGGGAGGGGGGUCCAUGCUUUCCCUGGCCAGCUUUCCGGCUUCAGCUGCCCCCUGAGUUUCGGGACUUGGGAGCCAAGGAGCAAAGGGAGUGGGGACUCCCCCCCCCCAGCAAACCUUGGCUCAGCCGUCUAGGGUCGCCCGCUCUCCCCGCUGCUGAAAGGCGGUCGGUGCGCCCCGCGUCCCUUUCGGAGAUGCAGAAGCUGCUGCAGCAGCUGCCCGCCAGCGCGGCCAACUUGGUGAAAUCCCAGCAGACGGGGGCGGCGGCGGGCGAGGAGGCCAAAAGCCCCGUCUUGGUGCCCGACGGCGCCCAACAGAGUUGGUACAGCACCUUGGAAGGCGAUGAAUCCAGGCAGCUCAAGGCGCCCGAGCAAGACGUGGUCUCCCAGCACGAGAGCAGCCUCGACGGCAGCGUGGUGCAGCCGCUACGACAUGAUGACCUGAAGGAGAUGCUGGACAGCAACAAGGAUUCUCUGAAGCUCGAGGCCAUGAAGAGGAUAGUAGCGAUGAUUGCACGAGGCAAGAAUGCAUCCGAUCUCUUCCCAGCUGUGGUAAAAAAUGUGGCUUGCAAGAAUAUAGAGGUGAAGAAGCUUGUGUAUGUUUACCUGGUCCGAUACGCGGAGGAACAGCAAGAUUUGGCCCUGCUCUCCAUCUCUACCUUCCAGAGAGGACUCAAGGAUCCCAAUCAGCUGAUCCGAGCCAGCGCCCUCCGCGUUCUCUCCAGCAUCCGUGUGCCCAUUAUUGUGCCCAUCAUGAUGCUAGCCAUCAAGGAGGCGGCUUCUGACAUGUCCCCCUAUGUACGCAAAACGGCUGCUCAUGCCAUCCCCAAGCUGUACAGCCUUGAUUCAGACCAAAAGGACCAGUUAAUAGAGGUCAUCGAAAAGCUUCUGUCAGAUAAGACAACUCUGGUGGCUGGCAGUGUUGUGAUGGCCUUCGAGGAAGUCUGCCCCGAGCGCAUUGACCUUAUCCACAAGAACUACCGCAAGCUGUGCAACCUGCUGAUUGACGUGGAGGAAUGGGGCCAGGUGGUGAUCAUCAACAUGCUGACGCGUUAUGCUCGCACCCAGUUCCUCAGCCCCAACCAAAACGAGUCCCUCCUGGAAGAGAGCUCUGAGAAAGCUUUUUAUGGUUCCGAAGAGGAAGACUCCAAGGACGACAAAGCAGAGCCGGCGUCCUUGGUGAAGCGCAAGCCGUACGUCAUGGACCCUGACCACCGCCUGCUUCUGCGCAACACCAAGCCCCUGCUGCAGAGUCGCAAUGCUGCGGUAGUGAUGUCUGUUGCUCAGCUCUACUUCCACCUUGCUCCAAAGGCUGAAGUUGGGGUCAUCGCUAAGGCACUGGUGCGUCUUCUCCGGAGCCACAGUGAGGUCCAGUAUGUGGUGCUUCAGAACGUGGCCACCAUGUCAAUCAAGCGCAGGGGAAUGUUUGAACCAUACCUGAAAAGCUUCUACAUCAGAUCCACAGACCCCACCCAGAUCAAGAUCCUCAAGCUGGAAGUUCUAACCAACCUUGCAAACGAGACCAACAUCUCCACCAUCCUGCGUGAGUUCCAGACUUACAUCCGGAGCAUGGACAAAGACUUCGUGGCAGCCACCAUCCAGGCCAUUGGCCGUUGCGCCACCAACAUUGGCAAAGUGCGUGACACAUGUCUCAAUGGCCUUGUGCAGCUGCUGUCCAACCGAGAUGAGCUGGUUGUGGCCGAGUCUGUGGUUGUCAUUAAGAAACUCCUGCAGAUGCAGCCGUCUCAGCACAGCGAGAUCAUCAAGCACAUGGCAAAGCUGACCGACAACAUCCAGGUACCCAUGGCUCGUGCCAGCAUCUUAUGGCUGAUCGGCGAGUACUGUGAGCAUGUGCCCAAGAUUGCCCCUGAUGUGCUGCGUAAGAUGGCCAAGUCCUUCACCAGCGAGGAGGACAUUGUGAAGCUGCAGGUCAUCAACUUGGCAGCCAAGCUUUACCUGACCAACUCCAAGCAGAGCAAACUGCUGACCCAGUAUGUGCUGAACCUGGCCAAGUACGACCAGAAUUACGACAUCCGGGACCGUGCCCGCUUCAUCCGCCAGCUCAUUGUGCCCACCGAGAAGAGUGGCGCCCUCAACAAGUACGCCAAGAAGCUCUUCCUGGCCCAAAAGCCCGCCCCGAUCCUGGAGUCCUCUUUCAAAGACCGUGACCACUUCCAGCUGGGCUCGCUUUCGCACCUCCUCAAUGCCAAGGCCGUAGGCUACCAGGAGCUCCCGGACUGGCCCAGCGAAGCUCCUGACCCAUCCGUGCGCAACGUGGAGGUUCCAGAAUGGACCAAGUGCACUAGCCGCGAGAAGCGGAAGGAUAAAGUUGAGAAGCCCUUCUAUUCUGAUUCAGAGGGAGAGUCCGGGGCAACAGAAUCUGCUGACAGUGAGCCUGAGACAGUGAGUGGGUCUGAAAGUGAAAGCGGCAGUGAGAGUGGGUCUGGUUCUGGCAGUGAAGAAGAAGAGGAGGAGGAAGAUGAGGAGGAGGAGGAGGAGGAGGAAGAGAGUGGGGACCAGUUGGAAGAGGAGGAGGAGGAAAAGAAGAAGAAGAAGAGAAAGGAGGCCCUAAGGAAAAGAUCCCUAGAGAGUGCUGGAAGUGAGGAGGAGGAGGAGGAAGAGCGGAGCAAGAAAAAGGUGCUGGCCAUGAAAAGGGGCUCAGAAUCCUCGUCUGAGGAGGGCAGCCCAUCCGAGAGCAGCUCGUCAGAGUCUGAUUCUGGCUCCGAAGCAGAGGAACCCCACUUGGAGAAGGAAGUGAAAAAGAAAAGGACGCCUCCUAGCAGCAAACCUGCUCCAAAAGUCCCCAAGAAAGGGGUAAAGGAGAUUUCCUUGCUCGACCUGGAUGACUUCACACCCCCUCCCCCACAGCCAAUUGCCUCCAGCCCCGCAGUUUCCACCAGCCUAGUGACGGACCUUGAGGGCCUCACCCUGACUGACACUUCUCUAGCGGCUGCUAUGAUCAGUCCUGUGUUUGGUGCUGUGAAGACGUAUGAGCUGCUGCAUCGCAUGACGGGAGAGGGGCUGUCUGUCGAGUAUUACUUCAGCCGACAGCCUUUCACCCCUGAUUCCCGUAUGGUGGCUGUGCAGAUCCAGAUCUCCAAUAACACCGCUGCUGAGGUGAAGAACAUCCGUGUGAAUGAGCCCAAGCUACUCUCAGGCAUGCGUGUCCAGGAAUUCAAGGAGAUCGAGUCUUUGGCACCUGGUGAAACAGUCAGUGUUGCUAUGGGCAUAGACUUUUGUGACUCGACCCAGGCAGCCAGCUUCCAGCUCUGCACACACACACGCCAGUUCUAUGUGUCCAUCCAGCCCCCAGUGGGGGAGCUCAUGGCUCCUGUCUUCAUGAGCGAGAAUGAAUUCAAAAAGGAGCAAGGGAAGCUAACAGGGAUGAGUGAAAUCACAGAGAAGCUGACUCUACCUGACAAAUGCCAGAGUGACCACGUGAUUGUGCAACAGGUGACAUCUGCAGCCAACGUUAGCCGUGUGCCUUGUGGCUCAGACAAGGAGUAUCGGUUCGCCGCCAAGACGGUUAGCAGUGGAAGUCUCAUCCUCAUCAUGCUGGAGAAGAAGGCAGGCAGCGUGGCACAGCUCACUAUCAACAGCGAGAAGAUGUUGAUUAGCACCAUGCUAGUAAAGGACAUUAUCCACUCCUUGACGCAGUGACCAGAAUGCUUCCUUCUCUCGUCAUCACACCCACUUCAGUCAUCCAGCUGUCCUUCCUUCCUGGGCUCAGCCAUCUGUCUCCCUCCACCCAGCUUGUUGUGUCUCCCUGUCCCUAUGUAAAAUACAGAUCAAAGCUGAGAUCAGGCAAUGGGAAACAAUCAACGGUAGAAAAUAAGGUGCAGCCUCUGAUGUGGAUAAGAGACAUUAUUAGCUCAGCAACAAAUUAGGGAAGCCUUUUGUAACCUGGUGCGUACUAGAGUUUUUGGAGUACAACUGGAGGGCACCAGGUUACAAAAGGCUGAAACAGGGGUUGUUGGGAUGCUGAAGAUGCCCUGUGACUCUGCCAUCCUUGUUGUGCAGUGAGUCUCCUCCCUGUUUUUCUGUUCUAUGGCUCUAUUUAUUAUGGGCAGAGAUCGUUCAAUAAAAAUUCUUCCUGGAAUUGCAAA